AUUUCGCUCAACAGUCAUCAAUUCGCAAUAACGGUGGGUCGCCGAUAUCCCGGGGAUUUUUUAUUUUUUUUUUUUGGCUACCAGAGAAUGUAAACCCUUCCUUAAAGACUUACAUAAAUUAAACCUUCUCUCCUUGAUCUAACAAAACUUUUUCUUUUUCUUCCUCAAUUGAUACAACUAUUCCGCACCAAAUCAAUUGGUUACAACUUCACCUUGUUUUGCUCUUUUUUGGGACCUGUCGUGAUCGUCAAUAUGGACGCUGUGCUUCGCCAGUCCAAGGCGAUGUGCCCCUUCUUAAAGAAGGCCUCUCCUGCCACUCUUCGCGCAUUGUCAACCUCUACUCGCCCGCAAACUUCUCCAUGCGGCGGUACUAUCUCCAAGUUGCAGCUGCUCGGUCAGCGCUGCCCUGUCAUGGGCAAGGCGUUGGCCAUUCAGUCUGCUCGAGUUGGUAGGACUCCGAUGGCCGGCGCUGCAACUAUGAGUGGAAUUCGCAACUACUCCAGCCAGGCCGGUCAUACCAGUCAGACGAAGCAGGGGAGGGCCAAGAUUCACACUAGUCGUUCGCACGAAGCUAGAGCCGUAGAGACUUCUGUCUUCAACACGCGCGAAUCCGUCCAAUUUCCUCCAUCCGGUCAUGUCAAUCGCAAAGCCAAUGCGACAGCCCCGCUGGCCAACCCGUCGACCUCCGAUGGUAAAUUCAAUUACAAUGGCUUUUACGAUGCAGAGCUCGACAAGAAACACAAGGACAAGUCCUACCGUUAUUUCAAUAACAUCAACCGACUAGCUAAGGAAUUCCCACAGGCUCAUGGAGCUAACAAGGAAGACCGAGUGACGGUGUGGUGUUCCAACGAUUACUUAGGCAUGGGUCGUAACCCCAAAGUCCUCCAAGAAAUGCAUGAGACCCUUGAAGAAUACGGUGCGGGCGCAGGAGGGACUAGAAAUAUUUCAGGUCACAACAAGCACGCUGUCGAGCUCGAGGGAACUCUUGCGAAACUACACGCCAAAGAAGCCGCACUCGUAUUCAGCUCCUGUUAUGUUGCUAAUGAUGCGACACUUGCAACACUUGGGAGCAAGCUACCCGAAUGUGUUAUACUAUCGGACAGUCUGAACCAUGCUUCCAUGAUUCAGGGCAUUCGUCAUUCGGGGGCCAAGAAGAUGGUCUUCAAACAUAAUGAUUUGGAGGACCUUGAGGCUAAGCUCGCCUCUCUACCACUUCACGUACCCAAAAUCAUCGCUUUCGAAUCAGUCUACAGCAUGUGCGGUUCCAUUGGGCCCAUUGAAGCUAUUUGCGAUCUAGCUGAUAAAUAUGGGGCCAUCACAUUCCUCGAUGAGGUCCAUGCGGUCGGUAUGUAUGGCCCGAAAGGCGCUGGCGUUGCCGAACACCUGGAUUUCGAGGCCCACAAACAGGGUAGACCCGAAGGGACAAUUAUGGAUCGCAUAGAUAUCAUAACCGGUACCCUCGGUAAGGCUUACGGAUGUGUUGGUGGAUACAUUGCUGGAAGUGCAAAGCUCGUGGACAUGAUCCGAUCUUUAGCGCCUGGCUUCAUUUUCACUACCUCACUUCCCCCGGCUACCAUGGCCGGUGCCAGGGCUGCUAUCGAAUAUCAAAUGGAAUAUAAUGGCGACAGGCGACUCCAACAGCUUCACACACGCGCUGUUAAGGAGGCGUUGGAUGCCAAGGAUAUCCCUGUCAUACCGAAUCCCUCACAUAUCCUCCCGCUUUUGGUCGGAAACGCCGAGCUUGCAAAGCAAGCAUCCGAUAUGCUUUUAAACGACUAUCAGAUUUACGUGCAGUCUAUUAACUACCCGACUGUACCCGUAGGUCAGGAGCGCCUGAGGAUUACCCCGACUCCGGGACAUACGAAGCAAUAUCGUGAUGAACUGGUAGCCGCGGUAGAUGAAAUCUGGACUAAGCUUGGUAUCAAGCGAACUUCCGAAUGGGCGGCUGAAGGAGGCUUCAUUGGUGUUGGUGAAGCCGGUACCAAUGCUCCCGAGCCUCUCUGGACGGAUGAACAGCUUGGAAUCGAUCAGAAAAUCGCCAAAGAAAUCAAGGAAUCUAAGCCAGCUAAUGGCUUCAUGGAAACUCUGCUCGAACGUGAGAACUUGGAUAGGGGCGUGAGCGCUACUGCCUAAUUGCAUUCUAGUCCCAGUGGAGGUAAAAUUGCAUCCGCAAAAGGGGAGCUCAUCGGACCUAAUCCACGUUCUUUCGGGCGUAGCGGAAGAAUUGAAUGUGCGACGUUGAAAUUUUGAUCUGAUUCGAAUAUAGCCCGUACUGCGAAGACUGCAUUGUUCUGUCGUAAUAAAGUACCGAGGCUAACCAUAUAGCUAAACCCAGCAUUAUAUACAUGGCAAUACAAUCAGCGCCAUCUCGCUAGACGAUGGAUAACGCUCAUUGAAGUUUACAUUACUCCGUCAACUUUUGCAUACGUGAUACAUAUUUAACAUAUCCGUGACUAAAGUUGUAAAUAUUGGUCAUCGUCCGCUCUGCGAGUUGAUCUACAAAGCAAACGCUUACGAUUACUCUACACCGACCCCUCUAAUAGGACAAAUUAACUGCUAAAUUGGCAAAGGUC